CGGAAUCGAACUCAUGGAAGCCCUCAUGACUCAUACGGCAGUCACCAUGUGAAUUUGGAAGGAAGAUUGAAUUUUUCGGUCCAAGUCCUUCUAGACUAAUAGAAAUCUCCUCCUUUCCGCCCAAUAAAUGCUGAUUGCAUGAGUGUAUUUCCCCAAAUCAAGACAUACUCCAGAUACUGUGGCCGAAUUUGAGAGCACACCGAUUCCGCCCGCAUCCUACAACGACACUAUUUCGUUCUUGAAAGGCACAUAGGAGCGGUUCAGUGCGGGCGGGACGAUGGAGGAGAGUUUGGAACGCGCUGUGGCGGUGUCCGUGGACCCGACGGCCAAUGUAGCCCUGAAAACGGAGGCGAUGGCGUUUUGCGAUCAAGUGCGUAACUCGUCCAAUGGCUGGCAAGUUUGCUUAAAAAUCUUUGUAAAGGUCCCAAAAAGCUCGGAGCAGACACGUUUCUUCGCUCUACAUGUUUUGGAGGAUGUUCUUCGGCGACGAUAUGCUAGUCUAAAUUCCAAUGAGCGAGCUGGGUUGAGGCAAACCCUGUGGAAUUGGUUGGUUCACAACCUGGACGAGAGCGAGUUUGUGUACAUGCGCAACAAGUUCAUACAGAUCGUAGUUCUUGUGUUUGCGGCUCAGUAUCCCGGGGAAUGGCCGAGUUUCUUUGACGACCUUCUGUCUCUCUUGAGCUCUACAUCAGGAACUCAGCGAAACUCAAUCAUGAUAGACACGUUCUUGCGUAUAUCAUUGGCCAUUGACGAUGAGGUGGCUAAUCUCAUGAUCUCCCGAGAUGCAAAGGAAACGGCGCGAAACACUCAAAUCAAAGAUGUUAUGCGGGAGAAUGCAGUAGCAAGGCUUGUUUCAGCUUGGGGUGAUAUCCUCAUGGGGAGCUACCAAAGCGACGCAGGAAUCGCCAACAUGUGUCUACGUUUGUUUGCUCGCUAUGUGGCAUGGAUUGACAUCAACUUGGUUGUCAACGAAGCAAUCAUUUCUGGCUUGUACCAAUUCUUGGGCGUAGAGUCAUUGCGAUUAGCAGCGUGCGAAUGUCUAACAGAAAUCGUCGGAAAAGGCAUGAAGCCGGUAGAUAAGCUAAACCUCAUCCGUGCCCUUGACAUCACCAAUGUGUUGGGUUCCUUGCCAUCGGACGAUGCGGAAUUUGCAGAGUAUGUUGCAAGGCUUGUCAACAAUUUAGGUCUCGAGCUUUGCAAAUGCUGGGAAAUGCAGAAUAUUCGGGAAUCGUCCUUCCAGCUUUUGCAGCAAAUCUUCCCAUAUCUUAUCCAGUUUCUGGCCAACGAAUACGAUGAUACAUCAUCCGUCCUCUUCCCAUAUCUUCAAGCGUAUACCGAUGUCUUAAAACAGUAUAUCAAGUUGGGGGGCCAAGGUUCAGCGAAGCCGCUGGAGGAAAACCUCAUCGCUUUGUUGAGAACCGUUAUCCUUAAGAUGAAGUAUGACGAGGAGGAGGAGCAUGAGUUUGGUCAACAGGCUGGGGAAUUGGACGCACUGUUUAUGGAGUUACGACAGAAUCUGAAAAAGCACUUCAAUGCAAUUGCCACCAUUGAUGAGGCGUUAUUCGUCAAUUACAUUCUGUCAGUUGUGACAGACACCUUCGGUAAAAUCGCUAGCUCGCCUGGCUCGGUGAGCUGGUCAGAAGCCGAACUUUCACUACACCUUAUAUAUCUUCUCGGAGAGUCUGUUAAAGUGCAAUUUGCUGUUGGCGAGCCCCCUGCAGCUGUUGUAACACCACUCGGCCAGAUGCUAACGAAGAUGAUUACAAGCAAUGUGUCAGCGUACCCACAUGUUUCGAUACCAUUGAUUUUCUUCGAAAAUGUCACUCGGUAUUCUCAAUUCUUCGAUCUUUUCCCUCAGUACAUCCCUAACGUGAUGGAGGCCUUUGUUGACCAGCGGGGAAUGCAUCAUGAUGCACCCUUCGUGCGCAGCAGGACGUACUAUUUGUUUCGGCAGUAUGUCCAAAGUUUGAAGAGCAAGCUUUCACCUCUGGUCAACAACGUUCUAGCAAGUAUCGAGGAUCUCAUGGUUGUACAGCUGCCAGAACCGCAGAAACCGGUACGGGACGGAGAAGAGGAAGUGACAGCAACCAGCUUCGACAGUCAACUUUAUCUUUAUGAGGCCGUCGGCAUCCUAAUUUCGCUGGAUGGUAUGACCACGGAGAAGCAGGCCCAGCUGCUAACGGUGGUUCUUACUCCUUUGAUGCGACAGAUCGAGGAGAUUAUGCGAAAUGAGCUUUAUAGGCGUGAUACACCGGACAACAUUGUGUUCACACUACAACUAGAUCAUCUAAUUCGGGCGAUCGGGAAUAUCAGCAAAGGAUUCCCUGACGUUGAUCAGGCUUCCAAGGUGGUGCAAACCGUACCUGCAUGGGCGUUAGUUUUUCAGCAGGCACUAGGGGCGAUUGUUGCUGUUUUGGAGCGUUUACAUGAGAGUGAAUUGAUUCGCAAUGCGGCACGCUUCGCUUUCCAACGGAUGGUCGGCUGUAUGGGUCACGACAUAUUAAAUCACAUUGGUCCUCUAAUUACGGCCGGCCUAUUAUCAAACAGCACACGGCAGGAAUUGGUCGACUUUGUUCCUUUCAUUGGGCAUAUUACCCACAAGUUCAAGCCGGCGGUUUUCCCAAUUAUGAAUGAGCUUAUUGGACCGCUGAUGGAUCGCAUCUUCAGCAGCUUAAAUCAACCUGUAGAUGGGACAGACGACGCCUUCUCGCUGCUGGAACUUCGAAAGGCGUACCUCAACCUGUUGGCAACAAUUUUCAAUGCUGAUAUGGAGGGGACGUUGGUGACAGAAGCCAAUAUGCCAAGACUCACUACCGUGGUGCAAUCUGUGUUGCACUUUGUAAAAGAAUCUGGCGAUCGAACCUCACAGAAACUGGCAUUCUCUGUCCUUACUAAAAUGGUCCUCUCUUGGGGUGCUUCGGAAGAUUCCCAAAUCAACGGCAUAGAUCCAAAAACUUAUAAAAAAGGGAUACCAGGCGCGAAGUCUGACAAAGCCAAGCACACGACACCGCCAAAACCCCCACUGCCCGGAUUCGAACAAUUUAUCUAUGAAAACAUUGUCCCGAUCCUGUUUGAAGUGCCCAUGAAUGCGAGCUUCAAUCCUUCAGAUGGACAAUGUUACCUCGUCAUGUCAGAAAUCUCCUCACUGCAGAAAACCCUAGUCAGUGCACAAGGUGCCAAAUAUCUUGAAUACCUGGUCAACGUAUACCUUCCCUCCAUCGGUUGUCCUCCUAAUGCUGCGCAAGAGUUCGUUGCAGCCUUACAGCGAACGGACGUCAAGGAACUCCGAAUAUUCUUGCAGGAAUUUUUCAUGAGAAUGAAAUCAUAGCCCGCAACAUAGAAUAUGGGAUAUAACUCCAUUGUCAACGCUUAAUCCAAGCGCGACCUUGGCGAACCCUGACACAAAGUCGCUGUAAGGUGAUGAGAAAGGCGUGGACAGUUCUCCAAACAUAGUUAUAGAUUUGGAGGGCUGCUGGAGGGGAUCGUGGAGCUCUGGGGCAAGGAGGCUGCUCAUGCACAUAAUUGAAUUUGUACAUUUGUACAUUACAACCUUUAUGAAAAGAGUAGGCGAUUCUGACUACGCCUACGUGUGAUGAAAA